AUGACAGACCCGGCCAACCAAGAGUCCUACCCUGUCCCGGACCCGACUAUCGUGGACCCCUGCCCGGCGCGGAACGGCCAGUGCGCCCCAGAAGGCUUCACCAGUAACCAUCACCAGCAAGCCAGAUCCCACAGCCAGCCAGAGACGCUCACCACGGGCCAUGAGAUGAAGAUCACAGACAGCGUGGAGGGAGAAGGUCUCCUGGAGAGCAGCAUGCGCCUGAAGCCCCACGAGGCCCAGAGCUACAGGAAGAAGGUGCUCUGGGUCUCCUGGUUCUCCAUCGUGGUCACGCUCAUACUGGCGGUGGCAGCAUUCACUGUAUCGUUCAUGAGACACAGCUCGUCAUCCUUUGGAUUUGGCUUUGAUGCCACGCUGGACGUCCUGUCGUCUUUCAUCGUCCUCUGGCGCUACAGCAAUGCAGCGGCUGUGCACUCUGCACACAGAGAGUAUAUGGCAUGUGUGGUCCUUGGAGUUGUGUUCAUUCUCUCCUCCUUGUGCAUCGUUGGAAAGGCCAUCCAUGAUCUGGCAACCAGGGUGCCCCCGGAAGUGGAUGACUUCCUCUACAGCGUUGCUAUAGUGAGCGGACUCACAUGCGCUGUGCUUGCUGUGGCCAAGUACAUGCUGGGAAGAGUGCUGACUAGCCGUGCACUCAUCACUGACGGGUUUAACUCUCUGGUCGGUUCCAUAAUGGGAUUUUCCAUUCUGAUCAGCGCUGAAGUCUUCAAACACCAUGCUGACGUCUGGUUUCUGGAUGGCACCAUCGGAGUUCUCAUUGGACUCAUCAUUUUGGCAUAUGGCGUCAAACUCCUGAAGGACAUGGUGCCCCGUGUGAGACAGACGAGGAACUACGAACGCUUUGAGUGA